AAAUAAUUUUCAAUACACUUGCAUCCCUAAACCUAACCCAACUAGGCCAUAAUGACGUCACAAAAUUUUGUAUCCCAUCAUACACCUCGCAGCCUGAACCAGGAAAUCAACAUGUCUACCAUGCUGGGACGUGUAUUCAUUUACGGAGGACGUGGAGCUUUGGGGGCUCAAUGUGUAGCUCAUUUCAAGUCUCAAAACUGGUGGGUUGGUUCAAUUGACCUGAAGGCUAAUGAUCAAGCUGAUGCAAAUAUUCUUGUAAAACAUGAUGAAUCCUGGAUAGAACAGGAAAUAAGUGUCCUUUCACAAGUGCAAGAAUUACUCAAAGGUGAUAAAAUUGAUGCAGUUAUAUGUGUUGCUGGUGGCUGGGCUGGAGGGAACGCUGCUUCCAAAGAAUUUGUGAAAAAUGCUGACUUGAUGUGGCGACAGAGUGUUUGGAGUUCCACCAUUGCUGCAGCAAUUGCUGCCCAACAUCUUAAAGAAGGGGGAAUGAUUUCUCUGCCUGGAGCCAAACCAGCCCUUGGCCCAACAUCAGGCAUGAUUGGGUAUGGAAUGGCAAAGGCUGCUGUGCAUCAACUAACCAAAUCAUUAGCUGGGGAAAACAGUGGCUUACCCCAAAACUCUAUGGCGGUUGCAAUUCUGCCAGUGACACUAGAUACACCCAUGAAUCGUAAAUGGAUGCCAAAUGCUGAUAUGUCAUCUUGGACGCCUCUUGAAUUUGUUGCAGAUCUUUUCUUACGCUGGGCAAGAGGUGAGGAUCGCCCUCCGAAUGGAAGUCUGGUUCACCUGGUUACCAAAAAUUUCACUACAGAAUUGCAUUUAGUGUAGGAGCUCAUCUUGUAUUCUGCCUAAUAGGGGCCAAACAUAUAUUUACAUAUAUGUAUAUUAUGAAUCUCUUGCGGAAAUGGCAUGAUUAAUUGUGUUAAGGUGUUUAUGUAUCAAAUAUCAUACAGUGUUAAAGAAUACGUGCAUAAUAUUUUGUAAUGAGUGUGUGAAUCUCACCCAUGACAUUGUUCUUCCAUUGCCCAUCCAUUUAUCAUUCCAUUGUCUUCCUUGUGCAAUAUUAAAGACUUACGUUGCUUUUAUGACUUAUGUUCAGAUACAAUGAUAAUUAUUUAAUGAAUAUUUUUAUAUUAUGCAUAUAUGUAAUUUAUAAAGAUUUUAUAAUUGUUUUAUUAUUGUAAGUACAAAUCAACUUACAUUGUGCUUAAUUUCUGUGAUCAAGUCCUAUAUUCAGUCUGGUUGUGGAAUAAGAGAAUCUAGAUUAUUAUACUGUUACAUUUUUGUUAACUUUUUAUAAGCUUACACUUCAUGUCUUAACAGGGUGUAUCUUGUCUCAAGUGUAAGCUGUUAGAUUGUAUUUAUUUUGGAAUGGAUUAUACUCUAAAUAUAUUUUUGUGGAAUAGUGUUGAGCAUCAAAUAAAUGGUUUUCAUUUAUGACUUCCUUCUGAAGAUGCCCAUAAUUUAGUAUGCAUCAGGAUAUGUACUGAAUGUUAUAUUGGUAAUAACUUAAUUUGUUGCUUUUUUAGUUGACAACGUGUCUCCAAGCCCCGGGGGGCAUUUUGUGCUUUUGGAGUAAUCCUCCAUUAAUAUCAGUGUGGGAGUAAUCCUUCAUUUUAUCAUGU